AUGGUGACGGACAAAGAGAAAUUUCGAAUCUUUCGCUUGAUUCCUUUGAUUGUUUUCAUUGCUGGCGUGUUUUUGACGGUAGUUGGUUUAACGGGCUCGUUGAAAACCUUUCGUGCAAUUGGUCCUCUAGUUUUGGCUUUUGGUGGCUUUAGUCAACUUGCUAUUGCAUUUUGCUGGUAUUCACGACGCAAUUUGUUGCCAGCUCAAGACACAAGCACAAAUGUUGAACAAGGAAAUUACGCUCCUGAGAUAAAUGCCAACCAAUCAUACACGGACGAAUGCGCCAGCGAGCUAGGCUCCAUUCAUCACUUUGAAAUUCCCGUUCCUCCUGAACCCUCUGGCCCUGAAAUAAUGCCUCCUUCAUACGAGGAAGCCGUAAAUGAUGCCUAUACACAAAAUUUUCAAGACAGUAGCGUUGUAACAAGCGACGAUCAAGUUAGCAGUAUGGAAGAAACACCCAAUGAGUCUCUUGGCGAAGAGAGCUAA